AUGACCCUAUCACCCUCGAAGAUCGACCUCAAUACUCGAAUGCCACAAAACCUCCCGUCCGCAUCGUUGAACAGCACCACAACACCAAGACCAGCAAUGACUUCCGACAUCUCAGAGGGCCAGGUGGAGUCCCGCAUCCUCAGAGGAGUCCUCGUCGAUUUCGGGCCCGGAGCGAGCGUCCUGAGCAUCAAGCACCCCUCCGACUACAGCGCGAUCCUACUUUCCUGCAACGUGCCAAACCGCACCGCCGGCGAUCUCGCGAUAUACAUGUUUGCUUUCUUCCGAGAACCGGUGGGCUUGUCGUGCGUACACGUCACCACCGGCCCAGACGCGGGUCCCGUCGUCGCGCACGUUCAGGUCAAGGAUCCGGGUUUCGCUGCACGCAUCGGGCGCAAGUUUGAGAGGUAUUCGAAGUGUCUCCCGCGAACCAAGAUCGAUGUGAGACUAGCCCCCGUUGAGAUCAAGUACGAAGCGUCUGCCAAUCCGCUGUGUAUGACGGAUAUCAAACGCCACCUUCUGCGAGACCACCUGGCGAGGUUGAGAGUCGAGGAGGAUCCUGCAGUGCCCGAGUGUGCCGUCUGUCUGACCGAGGCCGAAGACGCCUACGUUACCGCUUGCGGCCAUCGAAGGAAUCCCGAUUCGGUGUCUCGGCAAUUCAGGAAAGUGUUCACGGACCUUCCUGCUUCCCGAACUCAAACUCGCUCUCCAGUCCGAAACUUUCGAACGACUCCUCGAAAAGUCCUUCGCAAUCUACCUCCAAACGAUCGAAACGAUCCAAGAAUGCCCGGCUUUUUCAUGCAACCAAACCUAUCGCACUUCCACCGACGGCUCCGUGAUAACUUGCUUCAAGUGCGCCACGCCCAUCUGCACGACCUGCCGGGCCCCUUCCCACAGCGGCACGACCUGCCUGAUGUACCAGCGCGUGGGGACGGCGGAAUUCCGGACCUGGAAUCUCAACCCGGAUAUCAGGAAGUGCCCGCGGUGCAGGAAUCUGAUCGAGAAGACCGGCGGCUGCGAAAGGGUGGAUUGUAUCUGCGGGGCCGGGUUGUGCUGGAAAUGCAUGGAGCUGUGGGAUGA